UGAGAGCGGCGGCUCAGGAAAAAGCCCCGCUGGAGUUUGGACUGCGAGCAACCUGGAAACUCCAGCUCCCGUACAGCUCCACCUCCUCCCGCUACUACCAACACAGCCGCACCGCUGACACCGAAAGCUAAUGGACUAUUAAAGAGACUUUUAACCAACUCUCCGCAUCCACUGAACGCGAGCCCGAAGCACCGCUCCCCUCACAGCCGCCGCCGCCUCGCCAGCCAUGGGUAAACAGAACAGCAAGCUCCGUCCCGACGUCAUGCAGGACCUGGUGGACAACACGGACUUCACCGAGCACGAGAUCUCCGAGUGGUACAAGGGCUUCCUGCGGGACUGCCCCAGUGGCGCCCUCUCCAUGGAGGAGUUCAAGAAGAUCUACGCCAACUUCUUCCCGUACGGCGACGCCUCCAAGUUCGCCGAGCACGUCUUCCGCACGUUCGACGCCAACGGGGACGGGACCAUCGACUUCAGGGAGUUCAUCAUCGCCCUCAGCGUCACCUCGCGCGGCCGCCUGGACCAGAAGCUGAAGUGGGCGUUCAGCAUGUACGACCUGGACGGCAACGGCUACAUCAGCAAGGCGGAGAUGCUGGAGAUUCUCCAGGCCAUUUACAAGAUGGUUUCCUCUGUGAUGAAGAUGCCCGAGGACGAGUCCACACCCGAGAAACGCACAGACAAGAUCUUCAGGCAGAUGGACACAAAUCGAGAUGGUAAACUGUCCCUGGAGGAGUUUGUGGAGGGAGCGAAGAACGACCCGUCCAUCGUGCGGCUGCUUCAGUGCGACCCCAGCAGCGCCGGGCAGUAGACACACACUCUGGACUUUUCCCGCUCCGCACUUUUGAUGCAUUCACCACAUUUCACCUCCUCUCCUCCGCCUGAGUCACCUCGGCGUUUUUUUUUUUUUUUUUGACCCGUGAAAUCCUAAACAGUAGAGGCACACCAACACACACACAAACACACACACACACACACACGGUUCGCCCGCCUCUGUUCGAGGGGUCUCACACACGGUACAGAUAGAACUCAACACACUGAAAUCCCAUCAGAGACUCCUGGGAAGCCGCGCUGUCUCUGUCCCAGACGAUCAUCCAGCACUUUCAUGAGGUCGAGGUACGCUGAGCCGAAUCCAGGCUCUUGUUUUCACUCCCUUUUUUUUUUUUUUUUUUUGUUUAGGUUUUUUUUUUCUUUUUUGAAGGUCGUUCUUCCUGAUUGAAAGGGAAACGGUGCUGGUUUGGUUCUGCGUGACGGACACAUCCGUACCAAGUAUUUCUACUCACACUCAGCGUUUUAACACUGGAAGAAGCAGAGUCUGCUCCUCUUGGACUACAAGCGUUUCCCAGCUUUUAACAGUAUGGCUCCGUAGGCAAGAAGAUCUGGGAUUUGUAGUUUUUAAAAACCUUUGAAGAAGAAUUUUUAGAAGGGAUGAAAGUUUUUUUUUUGUUUUUUUUUUUUUUUGUUUUGUUUCAUGCAUAUUUUGGAGGAACGUUACAUCCAAGUGAAACUGACUCAGAUUUUUGAAUGAAGGGGAUUAUUUUAACUACAGAUCACAACCAUCUGUUCUCUUGAAAGUGACUUUUUACGCCAAGUUCUGCUCAUACACACACACAGACACGCUCACACGCACACAUACACACAUACACACAUACACACAUACACACGCACACACACUACAUGAACUUGUCGUAUGAAUAUAAAAACAGCUGUGACUCUUCGACUUUAACGGUUCAACACAUGUAUAAUUAAAAGAAACAAAAAGAAAGAAUAGAUGUUAUAUGAAUAUAUAGUAUGUACUUAUAUAUUCUUUUGCUCUGUGAUCACGUUGUUUCGCGAUUUGCCACAACGGGAGAGACUCGCUUUUGAAAAUGUCAGCGUAUAAAUUAUUUGGAAUAAACAUUUUAUUUUCUUUAACGCGACGAAUACGACAUGAAAGAAAGUUGUACAGUAUAUUCGCUCAUAUUUAUGCUAGA